AUGAAGGCCUCGGAUGCGACGAGAUUCAUUGCUACGCUUACGAGCCACUCCAAUGUGCCGGUACUCCCCCUGCUUGCGCAAGGGCUCGACUCCCUUGUGCGGACUGCUGAAAACUGCAAGAACGACGAGCAACUCCAUGAACUCGGAGAGGAGACCAAAACAUGGGAAGGAAACUUGGACCGGCUCGCUGGCUUGCUAGAGGUUCUCGUGGCAAAAGGAAUCAUUGGCGAAGAAGACCAACAGCGCACCAUGGAAAUACCAAAGAAAGCGGUGGCGGAGCUGCUGGAGCGUAUCGACAAGUACAAGCAAUCGGGGAAGAUGCGAACGUAUUGGCAUUCAACCAGUUCGAACAAGAAACUGGUACAGGCGACGACUAAGCUACAGAGGGCUUGGAUUUCACUGCUGACACCGCUAUUUGGGUACAUCCUCUCGGCUUUGCUACACAUAGCAGAGAGACAAGAUCAGGUGGCCAAGAACGGGGACGACAUUCUGAAGCUCUUGGAACUCGUGAGCGUCGAAGUGGGGGUCAAAAGCGGUGCCAUGUCCAAGGAUGCCCUAAAGUCCGAGGUGGCGAGGAUGAAGAAAAACUUGGACAACCUGAACGCCGUAAAAAUCAAGCCAACGGACGUCAGCGAGGCGACCAAACGACUCCACAAGUCUGCGUCCUGCACCAUAUCGGUUGUAAAAUACCGUGGCGAACCGGCCGUGUCGAAGACCUUCACACUUCAGCAGUCUGGAGGGUGGUCUGACAAGGCCCGCAAGGCCUGCUUCCGCGAGCUAGACGCCUUGGGUCACAUGUCAUCCCAUUACGUCGUCCAGGUGUAUGGGUUGAUCAAGGACUACAUGCCCGACAAGCUCGUGCUGGUCAUGGAGUAUCUGCAAGAAGGGGACCUGAGGAAUCGUCUGAACAAAGAGCAACCUCUGGAACCGAAAACCAGGCAACGGAUCAUGCUCGAUAUCGCCCGUGGCAUGAGGCAUCUGCACCGUAACGGGGUACCGCACGGGCACCUCACAUCAAGCAACGUACUGCUUGCCGGAGAAGGACAGGACCUUCGCGCUAAGAUCAGCGACUUUGGCAUGGCGGACAUGGCAAAUGCCAUUACGACGAGUGGUCUGUCCAGAAUCCUGGCCACACCCAGCUUCCGAUGGCGUCCCCCUGAGCAAUUCAACGUGGAGAUCCAACAGCACACGCCUGGCGACUUCAUGAAAGGAGAUGUGUACAGCUUCGGAGUACUAUGCUGGGAAACCAUCACGGAUAUGGAGCCAUGGGACGGCGAGGGAAAUACAUGUAAAGCCGUUGGGAACGCGGUCAUGAAGGGCAAACGCCUCGAUAUUCCUCGAAGCAUCUCAACGGGUUACUCGAAGCUCAUCGAAGACUGCUGGAAGGCGGAUCCGAACAGUCGCCCCGAUUUCGAAGACAUCGAGGCGCGCCUGUUUUCCCUUUGCAACGAAAGCCUCACGGUCGACGUCAAGUGGGGCGUGAAGCGCGGUCGUCUAUUGAUCGCGGUGGCUGCUUUCCUGCUGCUCUUGUGUAUAGCCGUGUAUGCCGGCCGACAAUGGGCAAGAUUUUCCAGCUCGUUUCAGCACACAGAGUUGUUGUGAUCGGAAUACUCUUCUGUACCCGAAAACCAUGCGGAAGGAAUAGAGUGGCGUCCAAAAUAGAUGGGAUGGCAACACAUGUAAAUGGCGGUUGAGAGAACUACCAUUUUCGAAAAGGCGACCGAAGAGACCAAUAGUGACGUGUUGCAUGGGGCAGCGGGUUGUUUGGUCUGUCGGGGACCUUGGUCUGAGUGGGUACUGGUGUUUUAGCGUCGGUGUUUCCCUAGGCUUUCCUAUUCAUCGGGAUUUCCAGGGCCGCAAGUGGAGGCGAUUUGCCGUUAAAGCAGCUUUUGCUGUCACGCCGAUGGAUGACAUGGUAUCUAGUACGUCUUGCUGGAGGCAAACUGUUUUGUGUGUUCUUGUUGUGUGCUUGUUGGUUGUCUUCGUUAUGUAUUGUUUUUUUUACGAAAACACUUCCAUCCACAAAUAAAUACAAGGAUGGGUCCAGGAUAAUCAAGCAACGAACUCUGCAUUGUUUGCGACUUCAUAUUAGGAAGUCUUUGUUUGGCUGCCCUUUAUUGCCAAAAAGGGACAGCUGUCCAAGAAAGGUUUCGUACUGUUGUAGUUUUUUCGUGCCAUCUGCUUGUCUUGGCGGUUGACACGUGGAUGGGGACCCUUUCGCUGGCAGGCAGAGAGAGGGAGGGGCCGACGUGCACAAGCAGCAACAUCGGCGUGUCCACAUGCCUGAGACACUAAAUACUUUGCCCCCCUCUGCGCCCAAGAGAGUACUCUUGCUGUGACGAAGAAAAUAACUUCUUAAGUUAAUCGUACCUGCCUGCCCACUUCCUUGUUCGAUGGGCGGCGCAGCGCAAUCCCUCCCAUCUCAACGACAAGCAUCACAAAACACGGCCACAGAGCAGAAUGGGCGUCUAUCGCAUUUGUAGGUCACACACAAAACACGGAACAAUUUACUGAAACAUCAACUCGUCAUCCUGCCGAAUCGCCUCCGGGCAGCACCGCCUUAAUUAACUUUACUCGUUUCAAAAUACUCACGGCCCUGACAGAAAAGCUGUGCCCCCCCCACCAACACCAACAAACGGCCGUGCGUGUGCUGGUUGCCCUUCUUGGGUAAUCAGCUGAAAAUACGGGGAAACAGAGAAAGACACCAACCUUUUCACGAGGUGGUUUAAGCCUACAAUUACUAAAGUGUGUGGACCAGAUCGAUCGAUGGAUUAUUUAUUUUCCACACACUACCAGACAACAACAGCAGCCACAAAACACUUGGAUACUAGUACCCCUACUCGCGCAACCAUUCGCCUGCCUUC